AUGAUUGAUGCUGCUCAAUCGUUAACAAACGAUCUGACGACUCAUACAACCAAAAAGAAAAGGAACAGAAGAAAGAAGAAGAAGAAGAACGCCCAAAAAAAUACUACCGUGGACGCUACUGAUAACUCUACAGAAACUACACAAUCCAAAAAGGACAAAUUAGAUUCCAUAUUGGUAGGCAUAGAAGAAUACCUCCAAACCAAUAGUGAUGAAAAUGAAGAUGUUCCUGUAAAUAUUAUUUCAAACCAAAACAUUGAUGCGAAGCCUAAGAAAGUUGAAGUAAACGAAGAAGAUAAUGUUCCAAAUGAAUCAACUCAACUUGACAAACCUAAAGUAGAUGACACAACCUUAAUGAAGAACACCUAUGAAGAUAAUUUGAUUAAUGGCGAAACUGCUGGUGACAUAACAAAAGAAAAAGAAAUUGAAGAGAGUGAAGAAAACGAAAUUUCGAAACCAGAUGAAAGUAGAGAACAAACUAUUCAAGAAACACCAGAUGACGAUAAAUCGGUAAAAGAAUCAUGUUUAACAAGAGUUACACCAACAAAAAAUGAAAUAGAGAGUAAAAUUGACGAUGAUAUCGAUAAUGUAGACGAAUUAUCAGAAGCUAAGGAUGGAAAUGAAAAGAUCGCACUCAAUGUAGCAGACGAAUUAAACAUUUCAACGGAGGCUGACAGUGAUAAAAUAGAAACCAAUGCGGAACCAGUAGCCGUUGACGCUAAAGAGGAAAAUAAAACAGAGGAUGAUGAUAGAAAUGCAAUAGAUACUCACGCUAUUGCGUCUAAUGAAGAAGUUAAAAAUGCCACUUGUGAUAAACCUUCAGAAGACCAACCAGCUGAUGAGAUACCUGUUAACUCCAGUGGUCCUCAAAUCGAACCCGUAUUUAUUAAAGAAGUGAGUGAAAAACCGAAAGAUAUAGUAGAAACAGAUGUUGAGAAUAAAAGUCCUCCUACUACUUCCAAUAAUAUAAAGGGUAUUGAGAAUGAUACGCCAGACGAUCUCUUACAUCACACAACAUCAUCACUACUAUCUGAGAGGAUUGAGACCGAAGGAACAGAUAUAACUGAUGCUUUAAGGGAAAAGAAGAAUGAUACAAUUAACGAUACUACAUUAUUCGAGAAACCAGAUGUUAUUAAUGUUGAUGUGUCAGAGAACGAACCAGAAGAUACUAAGGUAGGGUAUAUUAUGGAUUCUCCUGAUGAGGAAAUUAUUGUUAAUGUAGAACGUGCACCAGAAAUUCCUGAUCCUGAAGAUAUGAAUGAAAGAAAAGAGAAAAACUUACAGAGUCCAACCGAAUCAACUAACGGCGAGGUUUCUAAGAGCGUAAAUUUAGAUGAUGAUAAACAGCCAUCAACUUCUACUAAAGAAGACACAGCCAAGGAAACGGAAAUCGAAGAAGAACCACUUUCGGAGGAGAAUUGUUUAGUCAUUGAUGACAAUAAGAGUAAGGUGGAGGAAAAAGAAGAAAAAGAGGAAGAUGUAUCGAUUGUUAAAACGGACAAUGACUCUUCCACAGUAACAGAAAAAGACGAGUCUUCAGAACAGGAGGUAACAACUCUAGAUGAAACAAAAGGAAAGGCCCCUGAAGAAAUAUCUCCGGGAGAUCAACAAGACCAACUACAUAAUGACACUUUGACUGAUAUGAAGACAGAUGAAACAGUAGGUGUUCCAAAGAAUGAUACGGAUAACACUAUCGAAAUAGAUUCUCCUAAUAAAGACAACAACACAGUUAUCAAGGAGGGGGAAGCAACUAUAAAUACCGAAAAAAAAGAAGAAAUAAUUCAAGGAGGAAAGAUGGAAAUACCUACUACCAAUAGUGACAAAACAGAUGAUUUAACGGAGUCUAGAAGUAAGACUACUGAAGAAAACAUAAAAGAUAUUGAUAAUACAUCAUCUGAGGAGGUGGUCGAUCCACAUAUUAUCAUAGACAAUACUAAGACUGAGGAUAACGAUACGGAAACUGUUAAUCAUGCCAUUGAGGAAGUUGUUGACGAUCCAAAUGUAAUUACUGAUGUUUUAGGGAAGGACUCAACCGUGGAAGAUAUUGAAGAAACAUCAGAAAAGAAAAAUACGGAUACGAUACUUAUUGAUGAUGCCGAUAGCACUUCUACAGAUGAAGUUAAUGUAUCUCAACCUCCUACUGAGAACGAUACAACUGAAGUAGACAAGGUGAAUGAUGACCUAAUGGUUGAUCAAACAACAGAACUUAAUGUGGCGGAUGAUGAAGAUGGUAAAAUCGAAACUUCAGAAGCAGCAGCAGAAGAAGAAGCACAUGUGGAAAGCGAAUCAAUCUCUCAGGAUACUAUACAAGAAAAGAACGUAGAAAUUGAAGAGAUGGAAACAAACACAGAAACUUUAGCACAAGAUACUGUCGAAGGGCUCGACCUAGGUCCAAUUGAGGAAACACCUGGGUUAGAUAAUGUAACGGAAGAACCUGUAAAUCAAGAUGAAAACAAUAACACCGACAGUAAUGUAAAUAUGAUUAGUGGUAAAAAUAGCCUUGAUGAUAUCCUUGCUGAGACAGAUGCAUUCUUAAAGGAACUAGAUUUUGUUGACGAUUCUGAACUUAAUAGUUUAUUAGAAUCCCUAGAACCAAACAAAAAGAAAACAACUACCUCUGUUAAUGAUAAUAAUGAUAACAAUACCAUUAAAAAAAGUGAUAUACGUAAACUAUAUGAAAAUGAACCGGUUUACAUUUAUACUUCUCUAGCAGGGGGUGGAUUUCAUAUGAUUCCACGUACAAAUCGUCUAGCAACUAUAUUACAAGCUAAUCAAGUCAAAUUUACUUAUAGAGAUCUUGGUACUGACGAUGCUGCAAGAAAAGUAUGGAAAACUCAUAGUCGAGGAAGAACUCUGCCUGGUGUGGUGCGUGGUGCAAACGAUAUCAUAGGUAAUUGGGAAGAGAUCGAUGAUUUGAAUGAAGAUUACAGAGUGCGUGAGGCUAUCUUCGAAACCUUAUAA